AAGUCUAAGUGAUCUGGUUUUAUAGCUAAUUUGCGAGGGUUCAACAUCUUUGUUAUCCCAUAGCAACGGCAUUUAACAGUCAUACGCUAGCUAGCUCGCUACUCGCUUCUUUUGCUAGCUAGCUAACUUUUCAUAUCUGGUUAACCUUGCAUAUAAGGCUAGCUAACUGUUUACUAGCACAAUCUACUUUAAGUGCCCGUAAAGAACACAUUUCAUUUCUUUAAGCAGAUAUUAUUUUAUUUGUGCCAAGUGAAAAUAAUACAUCGACAUGCCUCCGAAAAAGAAAGGUCGUAAAAAGUCGGCAAAGGUGAAGACAGCACCUCAAGUGGCAGAUGGCCAGCCCAAGGAACACAUGUCAAAGGAGCAGCUGGAGGAGCACAAUGCGCGCCUGCAGGAGCAGUUGGACAAAGAGCGGGAGGAGCGCAACUACUUUCAGUUGGAGAGGGACAAGAUCCACACCUUCUGGGAGGUCACCAAGAGGCAACUGGAAGAGAAGAAGGCUGACCUGAGGAACAGGGACAGAGAGAUGGAGGAAUCAGAGGAGCGUCAUCAAUUGGAAAUCAAGGCUUAUAAACAGAAAGUGAAGCACUUGCUGUACGAACACCAAGGUACUGUCACAGAGCAGAAAGCAAAAGUGGUUGUGACCACCAAACUGAUGCAGAAAGACCAUGGAGAGGUGGAGGAUGAAUUGCGUAAAGGCAUGCGCUACCUUAAACUGGAUAUCAAACAGCGUGAACUGUCUAAUGAAGAUCUGCUGAAGAGCCUGAGUCUGAAACAAGAUGAAGAAAUUACCAAAAUGAGACAAGAUUUUGAAAAUAAAGUUCAAGACAUUGAGAAGAAAUGUGAUGAGAAACUGCAGGCGUUACGACAUGACCUGGACUUGAGGCGGAAAAUGGAGAUCCAUGAAAUUGAAGAAAGGAAGAACAGCCAGAUAAAUACGCUGAUGAAGAAUCAUGAAAAGGCCUUCAGCAACAUUAAGAUUUACUACAAUAAAACCACCUUCAACAACCUGGCACUCAUCAACUCGCUGAAAGAACAGUUGGAGGAGAAGAAAAAGAAGGAUGACAGGCUGGAGAAAAGAAUGGCAGAAAUCUUACAGCAAAACAAGACUCUGACUGAACCCCUGCAGAAAGCCAAGGAGGAGGUGAUAGAGCUGCAGAGACAGAUGGCAAAUUACAAGAAUGACAAGGCUUCACUGGCGACGGCGAAAGCACGUUUGAAGGCUGCAGAAAAAGAGAUGAAACGCCUGAAGUGGGAACAUGAAGUACUGGAGCAGAGAUUUAGCAAAGUUCAGGAGGAGAGGGAUGAGCUGUACCAGAAGUUCACCAAGGCCAUUCUGGAGGUGCAGCAGAAGAGCGGAUUUAAGAACCUGCUCCUGGAGAAAAAGCUGAGCGCUCUGACAGAAACUCUGGAGAAGUAGGCACAACUUCACGACUUAACAAGAUCCUCUCCAACCUCCACUGUCAACCACUUGGCACUCUACCUGGUGACCCACAAAGUGGAGGCUCAUAAUGACUUGCUCUGGACAUAUGAGACAAAGCUGAAGUCUUUGGGCAUCCCUGUUGAGGACCUGGGGUUCAAGCCCCUGGAGAAAACUUCAGCUGGACUGGUGUCUGCCCCGAUGUGACAAGCAAAUGGACAACUUUUAAUUAAAGUUUAAUCAUCUUGCUGUUUUUCACAUAGAAUGAAGAGCCUGCAUUCAGACUAAAAUCUUUCAGGCUGAGUUAGUAAAAUAACCUUUUACUAAUGUUAGAAAAUGUGCUAUUGUUCAAAACAUUUUGGACACAUCAUGGAAGGGUAGUUCCAACGGUGAAGGGCUAUCCGCCUAAAGCACGAGUGUCAUUAGAUUAGAUUUAUUAUCUUCUGCAAAGAUAUUCUUGUGCUUUAGAGGAUUGGUGGUUUUAAUGCAUAAUUAGACAGUCACAACACAUAAGCAUUUCACAUCCCAUCAAUAGACUACAUAACUGUAUGGAAUGAAACAAGCCUGGCAAGGAUACUACAAAUUUAAUUUGGGAAAUCCAAUAGUAGCCCUUUAAUAUUUGGUUUCUAUAAAGAAUGGAACAUUGUUUGAAGUGAAAAAUAAAAGCUGUAUUGGAAUAACUUUGUUCUGUUUCAUCAACAGCUUUUUUAUCAGGCUUGAAAUCAGAGAGACUCAGGUGUGCGUUUACUUUAAAUUAUUGCAGUAACCCUGUUGGAUACACAGAAAUGUUAUUGUGAAACCAGUUGCUAAAGAAGUGAAAGGGUCCUUUUCCUGGUGUGUGCCCUUUGCACUCUUGUGCACUGCAGCAGAGUGGUUCAGGGUGAUUAAUAUCAGGUUAAAAUUGAAGGAUGUUUCCAUAUAUUGACCCCCAACCUGGAGCCAAGUCUUCAUUUAUUACAUUUACUGGAUUUGUUUCCAAGUUUGGUACCAAUAGCGUGGAUAAAUCUGAAUAUGUCAUAACCUCAUAAUUGCAAAGUGGUCCUGGAAAUAGUAUUUUUAAUGUAAUUUGUUCUUCAGGGUUUGAAUCAAUAUGCAGUAAUCUGAAACUAGAGGGGAAAUUUUGUUCAUAAAUUUCAGAGCAAUUCAUAUAGCACUUUAAAAAACUGAGUUUUGUCAUUGCAAGAGGCUGCAUUUUCUGGCUUUCACACUGUAAAUAGUUUUGCUUUAUAAAUGUUAAUGGAAUUACCAACACAAUAGGUUGCACCUGUUUUCAGUCUAUGAGAAGUCCUGUGGAACACUUUCAGUUUACAACUGUGUAGCAUUGCAGAUGGAUAAAACGACAGGAUCUGAGUCGUUCUGGAGAAAACAGGAGAAUGCUGGAAUAGUACGUACUGGAUUAUUUUCGUUUUUAUCAAGCACAAAUAGAGUGGAAGACCCAGGUUAUGCUUUUAUUUUGAAAUGUUCCUCCUUUGCCAUUCCCGGAAAUUACACUCGUUUUAGGCUUUGUUUUUCUGGUCUUGUGACCAGAAGCCGCUAAAUAGCAAUAAGGAGACACGACAGUUUUAGGUGUUUAAAAAAAUGAAUGUGUAGUGUAACUAAUUAAGAAACUAGCUGCAUUUUGAAAAUGUUAUAGUUGCGAGUAACACACACAACUGCUGGAAACUUAGUGGACAUUAACAAG